CUGGCAGCGCGGCGCUGUUGUCGCGCGCGUUACUCGUGUCCUAAUUUUCGCAUUACUAAAGUGCCAUUUUUACACUACGCCGCUGAGUUGCAGAUAAUGUUUGUCGAGCGCUAGCUACGCGCUGCUAGCUUCACUGCUGGCAACGGCUGUCGCUGCUACUCUUUGCAAAUUUUUCGUUUGUUUCGGCGUAAUUCAGUUUGGUUCGGUUCGGUUUUCAUACAUACACGCGCGCGCGCGCCUACUGUCUUCAGUGACAGUGUGCGCUCACCGCUAUUGGCGCGCUCUCCCCACUCCAAAGCUUACCACUUCCCCUCACCGUCGGCUGCGCGUUGUGCAGCGCUCUAAUGGCAUUUGCCAUUUUCAACUAUUUUUGUAAAUUUGCUGCUGUCGCCGCCGUCGCCGCUCGCAUCGCAUACUUUUUUGCGCAUUUUACGUUGCGCGUUGUUGUUGCUGUUGCUAUUGCUUUUGCUAAUUGUGGAGCGUCGCGCUGCCGCAUGUGUUUAUUUAAUAAUUCGCAUAUUGGCGAAUGUUAUUGUUGUUGUCAUUAUUGUAUUUGUAGUUUGGCAGCGACGUUUCAUGCUCAUAAUGAAGAAUUUUUUAGUUGUCUGCGCCGUCCGCUCAGCGUUGCGUUCAGCGUUGCGUUGUGCUGUGUUCUUUUCUAAACGGUGCGCGGUGUAAUUCUAAUUCGAUUGAGUAAUAGCUCAACUCGCAUCGCAUCAUCGCACGUUUUCGCGUACUAAGUUUGAUUUGUACACGCAAAAAAAUACUCUUACUAAUAGAUAGAAGAAUUGAUUGCCUAUUCAUGCGUGUCUGCAACACUGGAAGCCGUCGGUUGCUCUAAAUUUACACACCCGUAUUGGCUUUUGGGUAAUUGUUCAGUUCAAACAAUAGUGCCUUAAAUUUUACUUAUAAUUAGUAAUAAAAUAAAAUUCACAACCAAAAAACCAAUUAACCUGAACUAGCUGAAUACGGAAAAUCAACCAAAAAUGCGUUACAAAUGAUAAACAACAACAACAAAGAACAAAACCACAAUAACCUAUGUACAUAUUAUAUAAUAUACAAUAAAAAUGUAUUGGCCCGAGCAUAAUAGUAAAUUUGCUGUGAAGUUGCAGUAGAAGUGUUCUUCAAGAUUGCUCGUGUAAUAUAAGAAAAUAAGAAACAAACACACUCAAACACACAUACACAAACAAAACAAAGAAACAAAAUUUCCCAAUUAUUAUUUUGCAAAUAAAAUUUGAAAUCGUAAAAUCAGAAAACAUAACACAAAUCUGAGCAUAAAAGUAACCAAGAAUUCCACAAAAUAUUUCAAUUGGCUCACCAACACACCCACACAUUGGAUUACUUUUAAUUGGAUUACAUUGGAUUUGUAUAUAAAUAAAUUUAUUAAAAACAAGUUGAAAGAGAAAACCUACACGCUGGCUUACAAUAACGACGAGUGUGCAGUGCAAGAAACCCUCUCACAACUGGAUUACUACGCCUAUUGGUUGACACACUGUUUGGGAAGAUAUCACACUGACCAAGGAGCUAUGGACCAGCAAUUCUGUCUACGCUGGAACAAUCAUCCGACGAACUUAACUGGCGUGCUAACCUCGUUGCUGCAGAGGGAGGCACUAUGUGAUGUGACGCUGGCAUGUGACGGUGAGACAGUCAAGGCGCAUCAAACCAUACUAUCAGCAUGCAGCCCAUAUUUCGAGACAAUUUUCCUGCAAAACCGCCAUCCACAUCCUAUCAUCUAUUUAAAAGAUGUCAGAUACUCAGAAAUGCGCUCCCUGCUCGACUUCAUGUACAAAGGCGAAGUCAAUGUCGGUCAGAGUUCGCUGCCGAUGUUCCUCAAAACAGCCGAGAGUCUACAGGUUCGUGGUCUAACGGACAACAACAACCUCAACUAUCGCACGGAACACCGCGAUUCGCCCAUAUCCUCGCCCACCGGUCGUACACCGUAUAGUAGCGGUGGACUCGGAGGUGGCGGCAGCGGCGGUAGCGAAUGUGAACCACGCGAACGCGAACAACAGUUACGUGGCCGCGCCACCGAACGCGAUAUGCGCGACGAAAUGCAUUCACAUCGCAGCAGCAGCAGUUUGAGCGAACGCAAUGCUGCCGCCGCUGCCGCGGCUGCUGCAGCAGCAGCUGCCACUGCCAAUGUGGGCAGUGUGAGUGCCAGUUUACAGUCCGCUGCAGCAGCUCUGGGUUUGGGAGAACGUUCACCCAUCACAGCGGCCGCAAUGGCUGCUGCGGUGGCGGCUGCAGCUACACGCAGUGCCAGCGCCGAUCCGAAUACAGCCUGUUCUGGCGGCAGUGUCAGCGGUGGUGGUGGCAUAUUGAAUAGUCGCAACAGUGAUGCGAAUAGUGAGCGCAGUGUUAGUGGUGGCGGUGGUGCUGGCAAUGGGGGCAGUAGUGGUGAUCGCAGCAGCAGCAUUGGUCGCGAACGCGCCGAUAGUCGUGAUGAACUCAUGCAGCUAGACUAUAGUAACAAGGAUAACAGAGAUCGUGAUAGAGAGAUGUCCACCACGCCGGUGGAGCAUCUAGGUAGUAAUAAGCGAAGACGUAAGAACUCAUCCAACUGUGAUAAUUCGUUGACCUCGACGCAUAACGCAAAUGUACAGGACAGGCACUACACUCAGGAUUCUCAGGCAUCCUCACGCAGCAAUUUCAAAUCGAGUCCCGUGCCAAAAACUGGCAGCACAUCCGAAUCGGAGGAUGCCAUCAUCACAGGUGUGGGCGAACGGCGCGAUUCACCGCUAUCCGUCAGUCAAUUGAGUAUCAGUGGUGGCGGUCUAGGUGGCGUGGGUAGCGGUAGUGUUAGUGCGAUUCCCAGUAGUAUUGGUCUCAGUCAUGCGCUUAGUAUUAAACAAGAAUUAAUUGAAGCACAACAACAACAGCUGCAACAACAACGUGAGACUCAUGUACCUUUGCCAACCGAAUACUUGCCGCCCGGUGCUCUGAAGCUGCACACCGAUGAAAUGUCUCAAUUAUUAUCCUCACAUGGCCUACAGCAAGAGAGUCGAGAGGAUCAGAAUGAUGGUAAACAGCUGCCAUUGGAUCAGUCGGAUAACAUUGAUGGUGAUGAUGGUGUUGGUGGCAAUGACAUGCGCGAUGAUGAACAUUCAAAUCACGCCAACAUUAGAACACACGAUGGCGUUGGCAAUAUGAAUGAUGAUGAUGAUGAGGAUGAUGAUAAUGACAAUGUGGCUGGCGUUGAUGAAGACGCCGCUGAGGCUGACAUGCAAAGCCACAUUGCCUAUCACCAUAAUGGACGGCGUGUUAUACGUGCAACAGAUGGCAUGCAGACGCCGCAAAGCAACGUUGACCAUAUUGAGGUUGUCGACGAGAGUCAGACGCAUGAUUUGUGCGGCGAUGAGGAUUACGAUUACGACAAUGAUUGCCACAGCGAUUGUGAUCACAAGAUCUUGGACACCAACUACAAUUGCCAUUAUAAGCGUUGCCGGCAAGAGGCGGCUAUGCGCAGUCAACAGGCGCAGCAACAGCAACAACAACUGUACGAGCAACAAAAGCAUUUGCAGGCGCAACAUUAUCAUCAGCAACAUGUUGCCGAGAUGAUGUUGCACGCACGCAAUGGUCCGCUGAAUGAUGUUAUAGCGCUGACCACAACACCGCAGCCAGCUUUGCCAACACAUCGUCACAUGCAUCCACAAACCGUUAUUAAUCUCGGCCGAUGUAGUAAUGCUUUAGAUGCGCUCUGCUCUGCCGAGGUUGCUGCCGCAGCAGCAGUGGCAGCGCUCUCGCCCGCCUCCUCGAAUGCGUCGGCAACAUCGGCAACACUACAAAAACAGCAACAACAACAACAGCAACAAUUGGCAUAUGCACAGCACCAACACGCUGCUGCAGCCAGCUACCAGCAACAACAACAACAGCACCACCAACAUCAUCAGCAGCAACAACAACACGCAUUGGCAACUGCUGCCAACUUGGUACAGCAUCGCCAUAAUCACCAUCACCAGCAGCAACAACAACAACACUUGCCAAACAUCCACCCACAAGCGAGCCAUGCUAACACCAACAACGAUAACAACACCACACAAUUGCAACUAAUUGCCACAAACUCCAACCCAUCCACCGUUACCAACAACGCAAAUGCGGCCGCCGCCGCCGCCGCCGCUGCCGCUGCAGCAGCCGCAGCCAACCGUCGCGACCACAAUAUCGACUACUCCACGCUAUUCGUGCAAUUGUCCGGCACGCUGCCCACCCUGUAUCGCUGCGUCAGCUGCAACAAGAUCGUGUCGAAUCGUUGGCAUCACGCCAACAUUCAUCGGCCUCAGAGUCAUGAGUGUCCGGUCUGCGGGCAAAAGUUCACGCGUCGAGACAAUAUGAAAGCCCACUGUAAAAUAAAACACGCCGACAUUAAAGAUCGUUUCUUCAGUCAUUAUGUACAUAUGUGAUCAAUUCUCUAUGUGGUCAAAUAAGCAGUUAAACUAUUUAUUAAAUCCGAUUAAUGGCACACGAACACAAAGCAAAACAAUACAAUAGAUAAACACACCCAGAAGGACACACAAAGGACACUUAGGCAACAGAAAUUUGCUCACACAUUUCACUUUACUUUCACCACAUCCAAAACUGUUGAGUGAAUACCUCUCAAUAUACUCAUAAAUACAACAAUGGCCGUUAUUAGGGCUGGCGACUUAUGAAAAGUCAAUCAAGCAUACCUUUAGCUUUAGCUAUAUUCUACGGAAUUGAAUUUACAAAAAUUAUAUAUUACAUGAAGCUAUAUGUUUCAAAAGUUAUUCUUUUGCAUAUUGAUUGGUUGGUCUUCAAAUUUAAAGUCUUCUUCUAAGCACAAAGUCACCAAUAUAUAAAUUAAAAAUUAUAUGCCUGAGUUUGGGGAUAUUUUUAGAAAAUUAUUUUUUCAAUAUUUUUGCCUUUAAACUUUCCCUUGAAUAAACAUUUAUUGUUCAAAUGCCACUCACUGCAUUCUUUUCGGAGCAUGUUUUAUACUUUCUGCUCUUGAGUUUAGAAAAACGGAAAAUACUUUUAAAAAAAUACGUUGUCUUUUCUUGUCGACUGUUGUAAGUCAUAUACUUACCACUAUGUGAGUCGUUUACUCCAAAAUUCCGAUAAGUUUCUUCCAUCAACUUGCACUCUGAAGUAGACAAUGCCGAAAUUAUUUCUAGCAAGGAAAAUCUGUAAAGGACAUCAUUAAAGACAAGUGAAGUGUAUUGAACUUCCUCAAAUUAAUUUCAUAAAAUAUUCAGACACUGAGUAAAUCGUCAAAAUUUUACUUGUUUUCGGUUGCCUGCCUUAAUAAGCACUUGAAAGUUGUGUUCACACUAACACAAGCUAUACACAAACUAAAUACUGUAGUACAUUUCAAUAUUUUAUUAGCAAACAAAUAAGAUAUAUUUAAAAUUUCCUCAUAACUAUACAGAAUGUAUGUAUAUGUAGUUGUAAAUCUCUAAAAAAAACAAACAGCAAGAAACCAAAGAAAUCACCAAAAGAAAACCCAACAAAUAUUAUAUGUAUCAUAAAUCUAUGAUGACUUUUCGUGUAAUCUGAAAGUAAUUAGAAGCAAGUCAGUAUAACUAGUAUUAAAAUUUCAACGACAAAACGAUUGUAACAAAACAAAGUACGAGUAUUAACCCACCCGAGCAAAUUGUGGAUUCUUUAGUAGACUGUAGUAUUGCAUAUUUACCAUUAGUAUUUAUUUUUACUGAACGAAAAGUUGACACCGGAUUACAUCGAACAUUUCUAAAAUAUAUACAUAUAUAUAUAUUUUUUUUCUUAUUUUAGCUAUUAAAUAUUUUAAAUUUCAUGUAGACACCAAUAAACAACAAGAAAUAUUUAAAUCACGCGUGCGACUCACGUGUUGUCAUAUUUUGCGAUAAAUAUGUACCGUUAAGAAACUUUGUAGUAUUUUUUACCAUUUCGAAACCUUUGAAAACCAUUUGAAACAAACACAACAAGUAUUAUGUAAUUUAGUAAUUCCAAAACGAAAACAAACGCGAAGGCGAUAAGUUAACACUUCUAGUAGUGAGUCAAGAUUAACACUUAAAGUCCUGCCAUAUUUAGUUUUUUAGUAAGUUAAUUUCAAAUUGACUAUUUAGUUGAAUUUGUUAAUAAAUUAAAUGUUUUCUGCGCAGAAAUGAAGAACAUAACGGUUUUCUUUUCGUCGAAAAUAUGUUUGUAAAUAUAAGAAAGUGUUGCCACAAAAUUGUCAAAUAAAAAAUAUUUGAUGGGAUUAAUUAAUAAUAAUAAUUAAUUAAUAUGAUAGUUUAGUUGGAAACCCUGCUUCCUUAGAAGAAGAUAUGAAUCUGAACUGCGUUAGCGUUAACUCGAUUUCGAAUUUAUAAAAAUAUUUAACUAAAGACCCUAAAUUUUCUUAAUUAGUCACAAAACGCUUCUUGGAAUAUGAACUCCAUUGUCUACAUACUUUUUGUUGGCAGUGUUUAGUAAUGGCAAAUUUCUUGACUAGUUAGCAGUAUUAAACGAUAGCAUAUUUGAAAUUUAAUAUAUUGAAAUUGAAAUUCAGUCCUAGUAAUUGAGUCAAUCAGCAAUAUAUGUAUAUACCUAUUAGAUGUUUCAGACAGCUUCCUAAUUUACUAAUUGAGCUAUUUACGUGUUAUAGCCUUUUUACAGAGGAGCUAAUUAUUCAAUUAACUGGCCUCUGCUCGAUUAAAACGCUUAUUAAGAUCGAUUUAUCAUACAA